UAAUUUUGUAAAUAUUGGGAUUCACUAAUAAAUCCUAUUUGUAAGCAUUGUGAUUGUCCAAAAUGGACUCGGAACUACCACAAGAAGGCGGUCCUGAAAAGAUGGAUAUCGAAAAAGAGUUAACAAACAAGUUUUUGAGCGGUCAAAUGUCUUUUGCUGAAUAUUCGAGUGAGUGGUAUGAAGGUGACGAAGAAGAAGAUUUAGACGAGGCGGACAAAAGAUUCGAGGAGGAACCCCAGCAGUCUAGACAGUUAAGUAAAAUCUUGAAGAAAAAGCGCAGAUAUACUCGCCUUUCAACAGCACUUCUGGGCUUGAUGGGAGAAGCCAACUUACGUUUCGCUCGUGGCGACGUAGAAAUGGCCGAAAGGAUGUGUCAUGAAAUUAUCAAGCAAUUGCCAACAGCCGCCGAACCUUACCAGACGCUCGCACAAAUAUAUGAGAAUGAUUCUGACAAAUCUCUUCAAUUUUCUCUUCUCGCAGCUCAUUUGGGCCGCGCCGAUGCUGAUGAAUGGUGGAGACUAGCCGGAAUAUCUAAGCAACGAAAUGACAUUAAGCAGGCAAUGAUUUGCUACACUCAAGCAACAAAAGCAGAACCUCAAAAUAUGGAAACGCACCUCAGACGGUUAGAAUUUGUAGAGUACCUAGAAGAAAUUAAAUUUCCACUAAAUUCAUUGAAUAUAUCUCGAGUAAAGUGUUACCAUAAAAUUGUGACUUCCAUGUCACCUCACAAAGGUGAAAUUAUCAUGAAGUAUGCUAGAAUGGCUGCAUCUCUUUAUGAUACUAGUACAGAAGUAGAGAGAACUAUUGAAGUGUUAUCAGCAGCAUUUAAGAAAUGCCCAGCAUUGUUUACACCGCAAGAUAUGAACAUCUACUUGGAAAUGUUGAUUACACAAAAACAGUAUCAAACCUGUAUAGAAGUUUUUGUAUCAGGUGUGGGUAUUGACAUUGAAGCCGAAAUACAAACCUUCAAAACUGCAACUGGUGAAAUUGAAGAGCAGACAAACUAUAUAAAUUGCAUGAUCCCAGACAAUUUGGCUAUUGAUCUUAAAAGCAAACUUUUAGUGUGCUUUAUUCAUUUGGGUGCAUUCAACCUUGUACAAACACUAUUGAGUGAUUUUCUAAAGAAUGAUGUGGAAAAAGCCGGGGAUCUUUACAUGGACAUAGAAGAAGCAUUUUCAGCUGUGGGUCACCACGAAAUGGCUAUAAAGCUUUUAGAACCUCUAGUUAGGAACACAAAUUUUGAUUUAGGGGCUGUCUGGCUCAAGCAUGCUGAAUGUUUAUUAAACUUGGGUAGAAUUGACGAUGCUGUGGAAUCAUAUCACAAGGUUCUUAAACAUGUGCCACAACAUCCGGAUGCCCGUAGAAAACUGUUUACUAUUCUCGAGUCCAAGGGGUGCAUCAAUGAAGCCUUGAACAUCCUGCAACAAGAUCCUAAAUUUGUUGUAAGUCCCUCUCUUCUCUACGAGCAGUGUAAAGUUUUAAAAAAGUACAACAUGUUACUAAAAUAUUUAGAAGUCGGUGAAAUAUUUUUAUCCAGACAUGGAACAAAACUUAGACAUCAGGAGGAAUUGAUCAUGGCGAGUCGAGUGAAAGGGGCACUGGAGCUUUUGCAUAAUUUUCGGACACUCAGAGGAGAAAGUAUACAUAGUGAGGAUGAUAUACAGUUUGCAGAUGAAUCAUUUAAAAUACCAGUUGGUGAGGAGUGGGAAUUUUUUCUUGAACUCUAUAACAUCGCUUUCCAAAACAAAUUGUAUCCAAUUAUGGAAAGAUUAACAUUCACAGCUUUUCUUGUUAAAGGAUUUUCGACUUACAGACAACACUUGGAAUACUAUUGUGCACAAUCUUGUAUGUUGAAUCGAGAUUUUAAAAAUAUGUUAAAGUUUUUAAGAGAUUUGGCCAAUAAAUACUAUGGCACAAGGAUAUUUAACUUACUUGGAUAUGUUUUCAAUUUUUCUGAGGAAUGUAUACAAAAUCGUUACAUUACUAGGCUCUUUCAGAAAGAUUGUAAUGUAGUUAGAUUGUUGUUCUAUGGGAACAACUUUUUUAUAUCUGGGAGAUACUUGAUAGCUUUAAAAUAUUACUUGGAAUACCAUGAUCAUUGCAGAGAGCCAAUUUCGGCUCUUCUUAUUGCCAUCAGUAUUUUGUCACUUGCAGCUCAGAAGACGGUUGACAAACAUCAUAAUUUAAUUUUACAAGGAAUUUCUUACAUGCAGACAUAUCGAAAACUACGAAAAUGUGACCAAGAAGCAUACUAUAAUCUAGGUAGGGCAUACCAAAUGUUAAAUAUAAAUAAUCUAGCAAUAGAGUGCUAUGAAAAGGCCCUUAAAUGUGGACCUAUAGCCCAGUGUAGUCAGCACGGCGUUUUAGACUUAACAAAGGAGGCUGCUUUUAACUUAUAUGUUAUUUACAAAGACCAUUCUCCAGAAAUAGCUAGAAGAUAUAUUUUAAAAUACUUGGUUGUAUAAAUAAACUUUACAGUAAGAUGACGUCUUUCUCUUG